AUGGUUGUAAGUCGUCAUACCUUCAAACCCCGUUUGAUUCCGGCUCCCGCUGCGCAAGCAGAUGUCUUGUCUGUCGCAUCACAGCGGAGCUUCCGUUUCACUCAACCGCUCGUUUCUUUGAUGAGAACGCUGAAUUCUGAGACUCCCGGCUCCCAGUUCCUCAACUUGCUGACAUUUGGCCUCUGGGGAAAGCUCGGGAGAUUAACCCACUACGCCGUCGAUGCCGUCCUCAUUUCGACGAUACUCGCUGGAAUGAGACGCUCGACCGGCCUGACUCUCAAGAGCGAACAAAUAGCCGGCGAGAACAACAAGGAGGUGAACAAAUGGGUCGGCAAGUACCUCAGCGUUGGCGAGUGGGUGAUGGACACCUCGGUUGCCUUUGCCGGCAGCAGCGGCUUCUUCGAACGGAAACGAUAA